ACAUAUUUGUUUCUUUAGGGUCUCCAUGUCAUGUGUACUCAAUCUGUUUGGCUCAGGCGUGGACAACUACUUUGACAAAGAUGAUUUCGAGACCGCCUAGCCUACUUGCGCAAGGAAUUUGAACAGGAUAAUCAAAUUGUUGAAAUCCUUAAGCCCUUGAGACAGGAGCUGCAAAUAAAAGGAAUGGAGCAUCUGCAAAAUUAUGUCCUUGUACAGAGAGGUGAGGUAGCGCAGCAAGCACUUGAGGGCACGUUAGAUCCUACUGACCGCCUUCGUGGCCAGGUGUUGAAGAUUGUAGAACACCUCUGCACAUUCAUCUUGGAUCCCCCAUACGGAGUGGCACAAGCAUCAGAAGCAGACUGUCUGCAUCAAUGGAUCACCGUCUUUGCCAUACUGAAAUCCAAGAAUAUUACACUUCACACUGGAGAGCAAAUCCUCAGUUCAUCCAAAGUUGUCAACAAAGGACUUCAACUUGAGUUCGGAGACAUGGCGGAGAGUGGCAGAAGAUGUGACAUGCUUUUCAGGUCUGGAGCAGUAGAGUUGGCGAACAUUGAGAUCAAGACGGUGGCCCAAAGUGGAUCGGUCCCCGUUUGCCAGAACCGAAAAAAUGUCCGACUGAAUCGUUGUGUACGGGUCGCUCUUCAGGAGCUCGGCAUGGAGAACGCAACAGUGAUUGCUGGUGAUAUUGUGGGUCAGUUUUUCCUCAUUUUGGCUGUUGUUACUGUUAAUACACAAUACCUCUUUUUCUCUUUUAGGAUUCCUUGGCUAUUUCUACACUAUACAGAAACAUGGCGACAUUUUCGUGUGCGGGCCAAUUACGUCCGAGGUUGUUUUCCUGCCGACUAACGCUGUCGAAUUGGAAGAUUUCCUGGGUGGGAAAUCCCUUUCCGUGAUGGUCAAUUUCUUGCGAUCAUUGGACGACCUCACCGCAACGGCAACCAACCUUCACUU